AUGACGCCAAAACGCAAAGGAGCCGACGCACGCACCUCGCGCAUGCACGACGAGGACGACAAGGUGCUCGAUCCGAAACUGGCGGAGCACGCGGACGAAGACGAGUGCGAGACGUCGAAGCCGCGUUUGGCGAAACGACAGAAGAGAUCGACGCACUCGUUGCGCUCGGCGGUUGUCGCUGGUGGAGCCAAAGUGGACAAACAGUACGGCUCGUCGGCAUAUGCCAAGUCGGGACAGGGAUGGCAUCGGUCUGAUUUCAAUCCUAACGCUCGCGGUCGCACCGAUUCGAAAACGCCGUUGAACCAGCUUGAAGAGGCACUCAACGCGCACGCGCCCAACAAAGCAAACGAUGCAAACGACGGUAAAAACGUAGUCUAUUGGAUGCGCAUGCACGAUCUCCGGAUCCACGAUAACAGAGCUUUGGCGCACGCCUCGAGUCUAGCAGCAGCUAGACGUAAGAAUGGCAAAGGUGGACAUCUAAUCGCGCUGUUUGUCAUCACUCCAGCUGACUACAGCGCGCACGACCGCGGUGCACGCCGUAUCGAUUUCGUCCUUCGAACGCUCGCCAGUCUCAAGUCGCAGUUUGACAAGCUCGAUAUUCCAUUUGUCGUAUACACGUACUCGGGCGAAGACCGAGCGCAGGUCGGCGAAAAGGUCUUUUCUCUGUGCGAACAAUGCGACGCCUCGCAACUGACGGCGAAUAUCGAAUACGAGGUAGACGAGCUCUGGCGUGAUCUGGCGAUGCUUGAGGCCAAAGACAAAAAAGGGGUCAGCUUCAGCCUGUUGCACGACUGCUACGUUGUGCCACCUGGAAGGAUCAAGACCAACGACGGUCGACCUUAUUCCGUCUUCUCGCCGUGGAAUCGACGUUGGACGGAAUCGAUUUCCAAGGACAUGUCGCUCAUCGAGGCGUCUGAGGAUCCCGAGGCGAACCCAAAAUCGAUCCGAAGCCAUCCCAAGCUCGGUGCACUGUUCGAGCUGAGCAAGCUGGGUACCGGAUAUGGGAUUCCCGAGGAGCUGAGCGGGUUUGAAUGCAAGGAUCGCGAAUACAUGGCAAAGCUUUGGCCGGCUACGGACCAAGCAGCGCACCAAGUGCUCGACAAUUUCAUCAAGGGCAAGGGAGGCGAAACGGCUUUGGAUCGAGCAGCCAACGAGCCAUCUACUGCAGAGGUAGGUGCGAAUGCCAAAGACUCGCGCUUGGCACGGUAUGCCGAGGGGCGCAACUUGCUGAGCGAGAACGGCACUUCACGAAUCAGCCCGUACCUGGCGGCGGGCGUGGUGUCGGCGCGAGAAUGCCUGCGUCGAACCAAGCAGCUGACAAAAGGCAAGUUGCACGUCGGCAGAGAUAGCGGAGUCGCCAUGUGGAAUACCGAGAUCUCAUUCCGCGACUUUUACGCCCAUGUUCUCGCCGCCUGGCCCAAAGUGUGCAUGGGCCACGCAUUCAUCACCAAGUACGAAGACGUGGUUUGGGAAACCGACAGUUCCACCUUAGACGCUUGGAAACAAGGUCGAACUGGCUAUCCGAUCGUCGACGCCGCCCAACGUCAGUGCAUCCAGCAAGGCUACAUCCACAACCGUGGACGCAUGAUCUCGGCCAUGUUUCUCACCAAACAUCUCCUCCACGAUUGGCGCCACGGCGAACGCCAUUUCUCGCUCAACUUUAUCGAUCAAGACUUUGCCAGUAACAACGGAGGCUGGCAGUGGAGCGCCAGCACCGGCACCGACCCACAACCUUACUUCAGAAUCUUCAACCCGCUCAGCCAGAGCGAAAAAUGCGACCCACACGGCGACUACAUCCGACACUUUGUACCAGAGUUGAAAAACGUCAAGGGUAACGCCAUUCACGAUCCCUUCCAUAGAUUGAGCAAAGCAGAGUUUGAAAAAUUGGGCUAUCCCAAGCCCAUCGUAGAACACGCACAAGCUAGACAGCGCGCACUCAAAAGGUACAAGAAUCCUGGUGACCAAUAA